GCUGAAGGGCCUCCAGGGAUUGCAGGACAUGCGCUGAGGCACUUGAUGUCAGCUUUGCGCGAGAAGGACGUGCAGUCAAGGAUGGAUGCUGAUGGCUUCAUCUCCAUCCAGUGGCUGCUGAAGGCAAAGCCAGUCCUGAGUUCGGCUUGCAAUGGAGAUGCCAAGUGGAUGGCAACUGCUAUGGGGCAGGAGGAGCAAGUCCGACUGGACAAGUCCCGCCGACGUGUGCGACUUCUAAGUCGCAGCGAACACCUCCUGGCAGAGGCUAUGCGCAUCAUGCAAGACAAGCCCUUCGAAGUGGUGCCGCUCAGAAACUUCUUCUCCAUCCCAGCAUUGAAGGAGUACACAAAUCCAGAGAGUGUGCUCCGGGAAGCAUUGGAGCAUGCGGACUCCGACCUGAUGGUGCAGGGUGCCUUCGUCGCCUCGCGUCCUCGAGCGGCCAAGUUGCGGAAGUCAGUCGAGCAGCUCUUUGAGAACCAGGAUCCGAGACUGCAGGCAAAGAUGCAGCAAACUGGGGAGCUGCCUUUGACUUGGUGCUGGCCACAGCUGGGCCACACAAAGGUGCUGGGCCGCCUGUCACCUGUGAGGAUUGUCAGUCGAUAUGCAGACAGGCUGGGCAUAUUUGCACAGGAAGAUGCACGUGCAUCGGAGGCCAUUGCUAAAGAGCUUGCUGCUGCUCUACGAGACUCCGAGGCUCUUCUGGUGGAUGAUCGACGGCUGAGUGUGCGCAAGUUUCCUCAGAGUCCUGAACGUGUGCCAGAACGCGAGGCCCAAGCAGUGCCGGCCAAUGAGACCCAGGUUAUGGAAAAGCGCGCAGGUUCAAGUCGUGCUGCAACGCAACUGCGUCAACUGCUGGACUUCUAUUUCGAGCCCUUCACUUUGCAGCACAACAGGUAUUUGCUGGACUUGAUUCUGAAGCGGGCACACGCUCCGCAGGACACAGGGCCGUGGUUGGCAGAGGCUUUGCACAAUUGCUCCUUCACAUUUCAGGAUCUGAAAGGGCUUGGUCGCAUUCAGUCAGCACUUUCAAAGCUGCAGACGUCGACAGACUGGAUUUCAGAGUUGGGCUGCUUGAAGCACUUGCGCUGCGAUUCUGGCGGAGGCUUGCACUUGCGCACGCAGCUGGAGGUGCGCAACUUCGUCCACGCAGAGAUGGUGCCCGAGGAGAAUGGCGGCGUCUGCAGUGAGGUACUUGACAGCCGCCAGAGAGCAGCAUCAGGAGGCGCCAUGUGGCAUCGUCAGUGUCCUGUAUUAUGCGGUCGCUGA